CUGAAGUUCUCUGGCUCCCAUGUCGGGGGAUGAUUCUGCCGCCCUGCUUGCUCCGGGGCGCCCUCGGGUCCCACCGCGGCCAAGAAGAGGGCUGUGCCACCCUCGUCACCAGAAACUUUAUUUCCAGAGGAAGUUUGGGGACGUGUCCCAGGAUGUGGAGAAAGGGGGGCGCCAGGAAGUUUUAUUACGAACUCCAACAGGCAUCCCCGCUUCCCUUCUGUGGUCUAAAGAGUUAUAGUCUCAGCUUUACCACUUUCCUGGGACAAGUCUUUGCUCCCUGAGCCUCAAUUGCUUCCGUUGUAAAAUGGGAUUAAGUUUUCACCUCUCUUAUUGGGUAGUAAGGAUGAAAUGAAAUUAAAUGUCUUGAAAAACCAAACGGGAGCUUGGCCGCUAUGAGCAGAUGGGGAGGGGGCCGGCCGGGAGAACCGGUUUCCUGUCCUGGGGACAGGGGAUGCUUCACCCCUAGGAGCUGACAGAGAUGGCCCACAGCUGCUGAAGCAGGACCCAGCUUUUCUUCUGCCCCGCCCUGGGGCAGACACAGAACCUGAGGAGAGUCAGGCCUCUCCCUUUUCAGGUCCCUAAAAGGAUUCUCUGAAGGCUGGAUUUGGGGGAAUCCUACUUCCUUCUCCCCCAAGUUAACCCACCUACCUUGCUGCUAGUGGAGGUCCCUGGAGGGAAACAAAACCCUUGCACAUUGUGGAAAAAGAUGUGAGAUGAAAGGGGAAAAGAAGCGAGUUGCCCUCAUUCAGACGGAGGGUACUGGUCCUAGCUCUGAAUGGCGCAGGCCUCUGAAUGGAAGAGGAGGGAAAGGAGCGACCAUGGUGCUUGUGGAAGAAAGUAUCUGGGCUUCAUGGGGUCCAGAGAGCCCCUGUGAGAGCUGCCUGUGCCCUGCAGGCUGGACACACAUAGCUGGCGUUCUGGCCAUGUCCUGGGUCUGCAGUGUGGUGCCCUUCCUUGCAGGUAUGAGGUUGCCUGGCCUCAUGUGAUGGACUCUGCCCUCCCUGCCUUACAGGUGGUGGCAAGAUUCAUUUUCUCACAUGGCUUUAUUAUGAAGCUUUGCUUUGUGAAUUCCAAACCUAAACUGCUUACCUUCCGUUUGUGUCCUCCUCCUUCCCACGCCCAGCAUUUUGACCUUUCUCCUUGCUGCUCUCCUCUGCUUGUUGUAACACAGUGCAUCCUUCAAGACCUUUCUCAAAUGUCACUGCUUCUGAGAAGCCCUCCCUGAUCCACCAACCCUCCACUCUGUGUGCUUUUGUCCUCUUCUGACCCCCAAGCACUUGUAUCUGCCUCUCUAAUUGUGCUUAUUACAUUCCCUAGCCUGGUUGUGAUGUGUCCUUGUCUUAACUUCUUUGGUCAUUACUCAUCUUAGUGGCUUCUGUGUUAUGAGUUGCUGCAGCAGACAAAGUUCAGGUUUUGAAGUUAGAAUGGCUUGGGUGUAGCUGGUUCACGCAACUGGAAACUGAGAAAGUCAGCUUUCUAGGCCUCAUACUGUCCUCAUCUUUAAAAAUUUGAUGGGCUUCUCUGCCACUCCUUGGAAACAUGUAAGCAGAACCUGGGACGGAGAAACCAUCCUUGAAUAUAGAAAAGAAUGUGGCACCAGCUGGGUAAAGAUCGUCCAGAUCACGCUUCUGUUCUCCUACUGCUGUUUAGUGAAAAAAUAAGUGGCGUUGAAGGAACGAAACUAGAUGAUGAAUUUCUUGACAUGGAAAGGAAAAUAGACGUUACCAAUAAAGCUGUUGCAGAAAUUCUUUCAAAAGCUACAGAAUAUCUUCAGCCGAAUCCAGCAUACAGAGCUAAGCUAGGAAUGCUGAACACUGUGUCGAAGAUCCGCGGACAGGUGAAAACCACGGGGUACCCACAGACGGAAGGCUUGCUGGGCGACUGCAUGCUGAAGUACGGGAAGGAGCUCGGGGAAGGCUCCGCUUUUGGCAAUGCGUUGAUAGAAGUUGGCGAAUCCAUGAAGCUAAUGGCUGAGGUGAAAGACUCCCUUGAUAUUAAUGUAAAGCAAACUUUUAUUGAUCCACUUCAGUUACUACAAGACAAAGAUUUAAAAGAGAUUGGGCACCACCUGAAAAAGCUGGAAGGCCGCCGCCUGGAUUACGAUUAUAAAAAGAAGCGAGUAGGUAAGAUACCAGAUGAAGAAGUCAGACAAGCAGUAGAAAAAUUUGAAGAGUCAAAGGAGUUGGCUGAAAGAAGCAUGUUUAAUUUUUUAGAAAAUGAUGUGACGUUUCCUGCUUCAAUAGAUGAAUUUGCCAAAUUGAGUGGUGUGGCCAGUGGAAGAAAUGUUUUACCUUCUGGACAGGUUUUGACUCUUGCCAGGCCUGGGUUUAUUGCAACCUUGAUUCUGCCAGUCCAGGUAGAACAAGUCAGCCAGUUGGCCGUGUUUAUAGAGGCAGCUUUAGACUAUCACAAACAGUCCACAGAGAUUCUGCAGGAGCUACAGAGCAAGCUACAGAUGCGAAUAUCGGCUGCAUCCAGCGUCCCCAGGCGAGAAUACAAGCCACGGCCCAUGAAAAGGAGUCCUAGUGCGCUCAAUGGGGUAUCCACCACCUCUUCAGCAAAGACAACAGGUUCUCACAUUCCCAUGGACCAGCCCUGCUGUCGUGGUCUCUAUGAGUUUGAGCCAGAAAACCAAGGAGAACUAGGAUUUAAAGAAGGGGAUAUCAUUACAUUAACCAAUCAGAUAGAUGAAAACUGGUAUGAAGGAGUGCUCCAUGGGGAAUCUGGAUUCUUCCCCAUUAAUUACGUGGAAGUGAUUGUGCCUUUACCUCAGUAAAUGUGUAACUCAAACUUUGGAUGUACUUUCAUAACGGAAAUGAAUUCACACCAGUGUCCUCUCAGUGUGGUGUUCUGUGGCAUUCCUGCUCUUUGACCAGCUUAAUGACUUUUGUAUGUGUGUUCUCUUUAUAAUGUAUUUUGUAUCCAUUUAAUUUGUAUAAAUGAUUUUCUUGUCUUAGCUACAUGAAAAUACCAUCUUCUUUUUUUGCUGACUGUCCUAAAAGUCAUUGGUUAAAUAAAUGUAUGUGCUCCUUGUUGCUAAAAACAAAUGCACCCACUGCAGUUUUGUUAGUGAAUUGCCCAUGUUCCUCAAGCUGUGAUGGAAUGCGACACUUGAAACUAAGAACUGCUAAAUAUCUUGUUUCCUGACAUUACUGAUGGCAUCCGGUCUUUUCCCUUCAUGGUGUUUUAGCUGACCUGUGAAUAGCCCAAUAAACAUGGCACACUGUGUUGGUAAAAAGGC